UCCUUUUCUUACCACCGUUCCUUAGAGGAGUCGGGUGCCAUAGAAACUUGCUUUGGCUAAGUUGGCAAAUGCACUGAUGCUAGUGCUAACAAGGCUCCAGGGGCCACAAAAACUCAAUCCACCCUGCAUCUGAUAGCGCAAGGAAAUGGAGAUAGCAGAGAGAGAGAGGACGGUCUACAAGUAGUGGAUGUGAGCAUCUCAGACAGUUCCUGUGCAUGCAUCCAUUUGCAACCAGCAUAUCUCAUCCCAGACCAUCACUGCAACAUCGUAUCAUCAAAGUGGGAACAUGUCUGCCCAGGUGGUGAAGAAGAAGAGUCUUGGAAGUGUUAAGUGUCCACAGAAGUUCUUCCUGUGCUCUCUCAGGGCUCUGUCCAUGCCUGGCCGCCAGUACCAAGCCUUGCCUAGUGUCUUUCUUGGUGACUAUGAUGCCAGCACCCGCUACACCAGCACCAAGAAUACCAAGAUGCCUCAUUCAUCGGGUUCCCCAGAACAAGAAGGAUUCUUCAGUCUGCUGACCCAUGUACAGGGAGGGCGCAUGGAUGAGCAACGAUGCAACAUUCAGAUUGUUCACAACAAGAGCGGCUCAGACACUGAGAAGAAGAACAGCCCCAGCCCACCCCCAGAGAUGGACAACUUCAUGGAUAUGCUGGCGCAUACGCAGAGCCGGCGGAUGGACGAUCAGCGGGUCAGCUUCAACUACCUCCCAGGCUUCCAAAACACUGACCGUAAUGCCAGCAACAAACCGGCCUCUGGAGCCACCAAGAAAUGAGUACCUCCCCAGUCCUGAUCAGGGAAGGUGGCAGACAGACACCGACCUUAUGCCACCAAGCACAGCACUCCGCCACUCGCCCAAUAGCAACCCCUCACUGCAGUACCUGCCCUGCUCAUUCUCUGUACGUGCCCUGCCAAUCCAAUAAAGACUCAGAUGGUUU